AUGCUAUUUUUCCGAGCUGAGGAAAUAUUGCUCGGUAUCCGGUGUACUGGAAAAAUGUUACUUAUUCUGAAUAUGUUUUUCAUCAUGUCUCAACACUCUGUUUAUUAUGCUGUGCAGCAGUUACCUAUGGAGGAUUUCUACAUGUCAGUUAAAGAUGGUGUUGAAUGGGACAGUAUUGAAAGUAAAAUACUUGUAACGGGACGAAAUGAAAUUCACUUGGUGAGGGGAACAGUGUGUUGA